UCUCAAGGAUUCUCUGGAGUUUUCGUAAAUUACGAAUAAUUGCGAGCAUUUAAAUGAAAUUUUAGAGAACUUUCGGGAAUUUCUCGACACUCGAAAUUUAUGUAUGUGGAAUGUGGAUAGAACGGUUAAUGCGUGAGUGUUUGUGAAGGUUUGGGGAAAGUGAAACGGCUUGAAACUAGAAAGAAUAAGCUGGAAUAAGUGGAGUGAAUCAUGGAAAAGAAACAAGUACUAAAUAAUUGUUGAUAAUACAAUAACUAAUUGUUGUAAGAGUGAAAAUGUACACAUUUUUUUACGACGAUGAAGGAAAAUAAGUUAAGAACAGAAGAAAUAUUCAAUAAGUUCAACCUACAUUCGAAUGUGAUUUUGAGAGAUAAUGGAAGUUCGCAAAACAUGAAUGUUAAAUAUGGAAUUCCGGUUCUGUUUAUAUGUUUUGGAGUUUUUAUAUUUUUAAUAAAUGUCCUGGGAGGUCGACCGCAUUUUAAAAGACUGAAACCACCCAAUGGAGUUCUUACCAAAAAGUCAGAUUCCAGCACAUUGUUGGACCUGAUAAACUUCAAAUAUGAAAUUUCCCCAGAAUGUGACGCCUCUCACUUGAUAUGGAUCGUCACAUCUUUCGCUGGAGACGUUUUCGAAAGAAGCGCGAUUCGCCGCGCCUAUAAUUCCAAAGAACUCUCAAAUUUAGGAAUCAAAAGGGUAUUUCUACUUGGCCUACUAGAUGAAAAUUCUCAAAAAAAGACUGGCAUCUCGCAAUUAGCAAUAGAAAAUGAAUCUCGAAGAUUCAAAGACAUAGUCCAAGGAAACUUUAUAGAAGCUUAUCGAAACCUGACCUACAAACACUUGAUGGGAUUGAAAUGGUCAGCCGAAAACUGUGAUCAUGUUCCUUAUAUUAUGAAAAUGGACGAUGACAUUAUCAUAAAUAUAUACCAAGUAUUAGAAAGACUAGAAAAAAUUGAAAUAAAUAAUUCCCUAGUCGGCCACGUCCUGGAAAAUAUGAAUCCGAUCAGAGAACCUGCCAACAAAUGGUUCGUCACCAAAGACGAAUAUCUUCCGGAUUCUUAUCCUCCAUUUGUUUCCGGGUGGCUUUACGUGACUACUCCUUCCGUGGCUUCGAAAUUAGUCGAUCAAGCGAAUUUCUAUCCAAAAUAUUUCUGGAUUGACGAUGCUUUUGUAACUGGAAUUUUGAGAGAGAAGGCUGAUGUCCAAUUAAUAGACAUUCACGAGAUGUACACGACUGAUUUUGGAUUUCUGAAAUGCUGCAUCGAAGGUGGGAAAAAAAAUCUGAAAUGUGAAUUUUCCAUCGGGCCGAAUGGCGGCGAUGCUGAGCUGCAAAUUCGAUUUAAAGAAUUUGCUGAUUUGUGCAAAUUGAAAUGUGAAGAGAGGCCAGAAGAAUUUUCGGUCGCAAAAACGUGUGUUGUUGCUUUCAAUGAAAAAAGUCUCGGUAAAGGCACUGCUCAAAUACGUCCUAUAAAAAUUUAGGAUGGUGGAUUUUUUGGUCGGCAGGGUAAAUUAUGAGCUUGACUGAAAAGAAAUGUAGUUUUAAGAGAUUUAUAAUAUAUUUUAAAAAGAGAUAUUUGAGAUAUUAAUCAAUUUAUUAAUUUAUCAGCUUAACAUUUUAUUUAUAUUUGCCAUUAAAGUUUAGUGUGUUAUCUUGAUGAAAUAACAGGGUGUCCACUCAAAUACUGGAAAAAAAUCCCAGAUAAUUCCAGGUUUUUUACCAGAAAUCUCAGAUUGUUCCAGGUAUAAUUGUUUUUAUAAUAAUUCAUUAAAUUCAAUUUAAUCCGCUUAAAAUUCCUAACUUUUUGAGGAAAAUAAUAGAAUU